GUAGCUGUUACCGUGACUUACGUGCUAUAUAUCGUAGCAGAGCUUCCCUCGAACCUUCUUCUCAAGAAAUUGGGCGCCAAACUGCUGCUUCCUGAGCUCGGUUUCAGUUGGGGGUUGGUCACGACACUACAGUGUCUAGUGAGUAAUUAUCGAGGGCUCAUUGCGGCUCGACUGAUGCUGGGGCUCGCUGAAGGAGGAAUGUUGCCUGGUAUAAAUCUUUACCUUAGCAUGUUCUAUCGUCGAGAUGAGCUCCAACUGCGAAUCGCCAUGUUCUAUUCCGCAGCAUCGCUCAGCGGUGCCUUCUCUGGCCUCUUGGCCGCUGCCAUUUCGAAAUUGGAUGGGAUGGCAGGCCUCGCAGCCUGGUAA